CACAACGCUACGGCAACCCUCCCGACGCAUCGGCAUCUGUGCCUACAGCAGCAUCAUCCCAGUAGUAUUUAGACACACUCAUACUCCGCAUAAUCCUAUAUCCAAAAAACCUAAUACUCUGAAAUAAUCUUCCCUCAAUUUGUUCCUACCUCAUAACAUCCUCCAUCUACGAAUCCUUAAGAAAAAAAAAUAAAAAAAGCACCAUGCAACACCUCCCCAACCCCACCAUUCAAACCCUCCUCCUAAACCUCACACGUCCUGAAAUCCACCACUUCCUCCACACCAUCUCCUCCACCCUCAUCUCCUUCUCCACGACCCCCGAACGACAACACCAACCCCCAACAAGCACCAUAACCCGUCCCGACGGACAACGCACACUCUUCCGCCCCUUCACCUCCCCAGACAGCAUCGGCGCCAAGCUCGUCGUCGAGCCAGCUCCCAACUCCACCACCGGAAAACGCGAGCACCCAAUUCAAGGCCUCCUAAUCAUACUAGACCCGCUGGGCAAUCCCACGGGAAUAUUAUCCGCGGAGGAAAUAACCGGCUACCGGACGUCGAUGAGCGCUAUGAUUCCGUUCUCUUGGCGGAAGCAUGUAUUGAAUAUCGUGAUAUUUGGUGCUGGGAUGCAGGCAUUGUGGCAUACGAGGUUGAUAUUGGGGUUGAGAGGGGAGGAGGUGCGGUGUAUUACGUUUGUGGGUUCUUCGAGGGGACGGGUGGAGGAGUUGGUUGGGAGGGUAAAGGGGGAGAUGGGGGGGAGGUGGGGGUCAGAGGAGUGUAAGUUUCAGUUUGUGAGUACUGAUGGGAGUGAUGGUGAGGUUGAGAGGUGUUUGAGGGAGGCGGAUUGUGUGUUUUGUACGACGCCCUCGCAGAAGAUGCUUUUUCCGGCGGCGUGGGUGAUUGAGAGGAGUGAGACAGGGAGGAAGCCGUUGGUUUCGGCGAUUGGGUCUUGGUUGCCGGAGAUGAUUGAGUUGGAUCCCGAGUUACUUAGGGGGGUGGUAUGUGGUGAGGAGGGGGUUAAUCCGUGGACUGGGGAGAGGGGGAGGGGGAUGGUGUUGGUGGAUGAUAGGGAGUAUGCGAUGCAUGGCUGUGGGGAGGUUGUGCAAAGUGGGUUGGCCGGGGAGGAUUUGGCGGAGAUUGGGGAAGUACUUGCUGUGAAGAGUGGAAGGAUUCAGGUAUCUGGUGAUGAGGAUGUUCGGCGUGUGGAGGGGCUUAUGGAGGAGGGGUUGGUUGUUUAUAAGAGUGUCGGCGUGGGUCUUACUGAUUUGACGGCUGGGAGGGAGGUUUUGAGACUAUAUCAGGAGAAGCAGGGUAAUUUGUGAGAAGGUAGUCGAUUAUCAUUUAUGAUGGGAACAAUGCCACUGAAAUGUUCAGCUGCAGAACGUAUAUGCUAGAACUACCAAAUAGCAUGGUUGUCCAUCAUCGUCGAUACCCAUUCUGCG